GGCGUGGGGCGGCUUAGAUGCGCCACGGCUUCGCUAGCGACGCUGUCUCUUGCCUGGCCUGAGCGGUGUCAGCACCUACCCCAGGAGACCGGUCCGGUCGGUCAGCCCCAGCUCCACGGUAACCAUGUGCGACCGCAAGGCGGUGAUCAAGAACGCGGACAUGUCGGAAGAGAUGCAACAGGACUCGGUGGAGUGCGCCACUCAAGCGCUGGAGAAAUACAACAUCGAGAAGGACAUCGCGGCCCACAUCAAGAAGGAGUUUGACAAGAAGUACAACCCCACCUGGCACUGCAUUGUGGGGAGGAACUUCGGUAGUUACGUGACACAUGAAACCAAACACUUCAUCUACUUCUACCUGGGCCAGGUGGCCAUUCUUCUGUUCAAAUCUGGUUAGAAGCAUGGACUCUGCCACAAACCCAGUGAUCCAUCCAAAAACAAGGACUGCAGCCGAAAUUCCAAAUACCAGAGACUGAAUCUUCAGCCUUGCUAAGGGAACACCUCAAUCUUUGAACCUUUAUUGUGUUUUGUACAGGGCAUUCUCUGUACUAGUUUGUUGUGGUUAUAAAGCAAUUAGCCAAACAGCUUACAUUUGUAUUUAUUUUCUAUUCCAUACUUGUCUUCCCCAUGUUUUUUUUUUUUUUUUCUCUCAAU